UAAGACGGUGGAGAAGGCCUAGGCCAUCUUUAUGCUUUGGAUUGAAUUGGAGGCUGUAGAGCCUUUCUUGGAUGCAAUGGAGAAGGCGAUAAAAGCCAAAGUUGCUAAAGCUGUUGUACCCGCAAUUGAUGUCAUGUUUCAAGCCUUAAGUGAGUUUGGAGCAAAAGUUGUGCCUCCAAAGAGGAUAUUAAAGAUGUUGCCUGAGCUAUUUGACCAUCAAGAUCAAAAUGUUCGUGCAUCUUCUAAAGGACUUACUCUUGAGCUUUGUCGAUGGAUUGGAAAGGAUCCUGUAAAAUCAAUAUUAUUUGAGAAAAUGAGGGAUACAAUGAAAAAAGAAUUGGAAGCCGAGCUGGUGAAUGUAACAGGGGCAGCUAGGCCAUGUCGCAAAAUAAGGUCUGAGCAAGACAAGGAGCCAGAAAAAGGAGGUUGUAUCUGAAGUUGUGGGUGCUGGCCCAUCUGAGGAAUCUACAUCUGAUGGUGUGUAAUACACAUAGUCUAUUAGAUUAUUCUUUUUCUUGGUUGAUAUUAAAUGACGACAAGUAGGUGUUCUAUCAGCGGGUAACAAGUGAUUACCAUUGUAGGAGUUUGACACUUUAGUGUUAUAUUUUAUUAGUUUUUUUACUGCAGAGAUGUUGGUUAUUUAGCUCUCCUGUUUAUGCAUAGUUUAACAUAUUUUAAUUGUCAGCUCCUCAGGAAAUAAAUGAGUAUGAGCUCAUUGAUCCUGUUGAUAUAUUGGCUCCUUUGGAGAAGUCUGGAUUUUGGGAUGGAGUGGUCAGUCUUCUUUCUUCUCUCCGUCAAACUAGUUCAGUUUUUUUUUUGGUUGUAGUGAUUUAAUUUAGGAAUAUUUGGUUUUGAUGUUCCUGUACUGCUAUUAACAUCUUGUGCCUUAUGUCACAGAAAGCAACCAAGUGGUCAGAACGGAAAGAGGCUGUUGCAGAGCUAACCAAGCUUGCUUCAACAAAAAGAAUAGCACCCAGUGAUUUCUCAAAAAUCUGUCGGACACUAAAAAAGGUACAUUGUCUUUUUAUGUUUGGGUAUUU